AUGACAACAACCAUCAAAAUUUGCUUGGUUCUCUUUGUUACUAUGUCUAUGAUGGUGUCAGUGUCACUGGCCAUGCCCUCAUUACUCAAAGUGGGUUACUAUCAAUCAACUUGUCCUUCUGCAGAGAUCAUUGUGAGAAAUACUGUGAACAAAGCUGUGUCAAGGAACCCUGGCCUAGCUGCUGGCAUCAUCAGAAUGCAUUAUCAUGACUGUUUUGUCAGGGGUUGUGAUGCCUCUAUCCUAUUGGAGUCAACACCUGGAAACCAAGCAGAGAAGGAAAAUUUAGCGAACAAACCCUUACGAGGCUUUGAAGUGAUAUAUGAGGCAAAGACUCAACUUGAAGCUCAAUGCCCACAAACAGUUUCUUGUGCAGAUAUUAUUGCAUUUGCUGCUCGUGACAGUGCUUACAAAGCUGGAGGCAUAAGUUACAUGGUACCAUCAGGACGCCGUGAUGGCAGGGUUUCCCACAUAGAUGAGCCUAAGAAAAACCUUCCAACAUUUGACUUCAAUGCCAAGAAACUCAAAAAAUGGUUUGCUAAAAAAGGCCUUAGUCUUGAUGAAAUGGUGACACUUUCUGGGGCACAUUCUAUAGGUGUGUCACAUUGUUCUUCUUUCUCAAAGCGGCUAUACACUUUCAAUGCAACAUAUCCACAAGACCCUUCAAUGGAUCCCAAAUUUGCUAGAGCCUUAAAGACCAAGUGUCCAAAAAAUGCUGGCAAUGACUACCCAAUAACUGUGCCCCUUGAUGUACUUACACCACAUAGGCUUGAUAAUAAGUACUAUACAGAUUUGAAGAAUCACAAUGGAUUAUUAACUUCUGAUCAAACUCUUUUGAGCAGCUCUUCAACGGUUGAAAUUGUCAGGAAUAAUGCAAAGCAAGGUGAAAUAUGGGCUUAUAAGUUUGCAGCAGCUAUGGUGAAAAUGAGUUACAUUGAAGUGAUCACAGGGAGCCAGGGUGAAAUUAGGAAAGACUGUAAGUUUGUGAACUAAAUUAUAGGCUGUGUGGCAAUUAAAAUUAUUCUGUAUUAUUACUUACACGGUUUCAUUCUUCAAGGAUGAUUCAAGUAUAAAUAAGUUCUUCUGUAAGCCUUUGAA